AUGACUGUGGUGGACCCCAGACUCUUCCCGCAAAGGGUACGGUAUGCCGCCCUGCUUACGGUCAAUGUAUAUGUUUUUAUGGGCAACAUGUAUUCGUCGGGCUUGGCCACGGGUUUUGAGUCCCUUGCAAAAUACUUCCAUGCCGACAACUCUACACUGGCUGGCCUAGUCACAUACUCCGUGUUGUCGAUGGGAUUGGCCAAUCUAUUCUGGAUGCCGCUCGCCUUAUGUUUUGGAAAGCGCCCCGUUGUCAUUGUCUCUAUGGCGAUGUUCCUAGGCGGCAUCAUUUGGAGUGCAGUCGCCGAUUCCUUCAAUAGCCUGCUUGCUUCCAGAGUCUUUGCUAGUUUUGGCUACGGAGCGAUUGAGUCCCUCGGGCCUAGCAUCCUCGCAGAUCUCUUCUAUGAGCGGAAUUACUCGAGCGCGAUGGCAGCCUAUGCUGCCUUCCUCUCUGGCGGCUCCCAGAUUGGCCCAGUGAUCGCCGGUUAUCUCAUCCAGGCUCGUGGAUGGCGGUGGUUCUUCAUACUUUGUGCCAUCAUCGCGGCCGUCAACCUCGUCACCACCAUAUUCAUGCUGCCGGAGACAAUCUACGAAACAGAUGAAGUUGACGAGCCUGAAACCGUGGAAGACAUUGGCAAGGACACCUCUAACCACCUCGAGACUGUCCCCACCACGUCACAAUUCGGCGACCGAGCCAAGAUGGACUACGGAGACUACUUCAAGGCACUUUUCACAUUCAAGAUCACCAAGAGCGCAAAAGAGAAAGGUGUCUUCAAAUACUUCGCGUAUCUUUUUGUACUCCCAUUCCCCCUACUGAUUAUCCCUGGGAUUUUGAUUGCUUCGAUCAUGUAUGGCGUGGUGCUCGGAGGGAUUGUUGCUGUAUCCACCCUUUCUCCUGACCUUUUCAUGCCUCCACCAUAUCUCUUCUCCUCCGCCGACCUAGGUCUUUUCACUUUCAGCAGCUUUGUUGGCGUCGUCAUCGCUUGGCCCAUCGCCGGCCCCCUGACCGAUCUCCUCUCCCGCAUCCUACGCAAACGCAACGGCAACGUCCACAAGCCAGAGCACCGUCUGCCCGCACUUAUUCUCCCUUUCCUCGUCUGUCCCAUUGGCCUCAUUGUCUUUGGAUACACUGUUGCUCGGCAACAGAACUAUGUUCGUCCUGCUGUCGGCGCCGCAAUCUCAGCGGCCGGCCUCACGCUGGUUCCCUCUGUGAUGCUCUCCUAUGUUGUGGACUCCUAUCCACGCGUUAGCGGCGAGGCGCUUGUCUUAGUCAAUGCUUCUAAGAAUGUGGUUGCAUUUGGCUUGGCUAAGGGUGCUUACUCCUGGAUGGCGGCGCAGGGCGUCGACAAGAUGUUUUACGAAUUUGCUGGUAUCCAAUGGGCCUGCAUUGCACUAGCACUGCCACUUUACCUUGCUGGGCCGUGGCUACGAGCUCGUACCCAGAAAUUAUUUUAG